CUUCCUCUCCCCGCGCAGGUCUGUGGUGCAAGAGCCUCCUUCAGGAUUACGCCGACGCCUGCCGGGAUGUGGCCCUUGGCUUCAAGGAGCGGCCUGGGAAAGCCGGACUCUACCUCUCGCUGCUGGCCGGAGCCACCGUCUGCAGCCUCCACGUCCCCUGCGAUGCCUCGUUCGAGUCCUCCCUCCUCGAAGCCUCGGGCAUCCUCCUCCUGCUAUCCCCCUGGAUCCGGAACGGCAGCUCCGAGGGGCACGUCCAGCGCCUGAUGAAGCUCCGGAACCAGGGGCGGCUGCGCUACCAGAGCCUGGUCUUCUUCUCCCUCGUCUACCAGGCCCCCUUUGAUGCGGAAGUGGCUCUGUACCAGGUUCACUGCAAACACCUGAAGCCGCGCUGGACGGACUUUCCCGCCUGGAUCCUGGAGGUGGGGUUCUUGGGCCGCUGGUGGGUUUUAAAUUCGAAAAUGAAGGAUUCCGACAUCAACGAAGAGGAAUUCAAGUAUCUCCCUGAGCAUCUCAGGACCAUCUCCUCCCGGAACCUCCACUACAACGAAAAACUCUUUGAUGAGAAAUACAAACCCGUCAUUCUGACAGAGGAGCAGAUUGAGCGGGCAGAAAAGGAGGAGCGGCAGCCACUUCAGGGAGCCUUAAAGCAAUGAUCUGAACAAAGAGACUUCCGGUUUCAGUGGGCUCCCGGGGCUGAUCGGUCUGGGAGCUGGCGCUGGGUGUGGGGGAGAUGAAAUACAAAAAAAAUCCGGUAAUGAAAUAGAAUUGUGCUCAUGGCCCAACUGUGCUGAGCUCAAUAAAUCAGUUCUGUGAGUUUUCCAGUCACAGAUGAGCUGUUCCUGGGAUCCGUUAGCCACUGGCUCCCCUUAUCUCGCGGUCGCCAUGCUGGCCCGAUGUUGGGCGUUCCAGUCUAAGGCUGGUCCGUAUAAAGGAGCUGUAUCCAAAAGGAAACCACCUCCUUGUUCGGGUGGGGGAACAGCAGUGCACUAGUGGACGUGGCAAUGGUGAUGCAGUAGGGGGCGCUCUCCCCUCGGAGGCCGUGCUGAUCACAGUGCCCCAGUGUGGUGCAAGGGCGGGAUGUGCUGCAGGGUGGGUGCCCGUCCGCCCUCCUGAGUCAGUUCUGGCCCCAGGUGUCCGUCACGAUGCUAGGAGGUGCUGUUCUGCUGGACGUGCUGUUUCUCGAAGGAGACAUAAAUCCAAGGAUCCUUGGCACGUCUGCCAGUUUCUCCCCCAAAGGUUGCCCAGGGUGGACACAGGUGUAAGAGGGUUUCUCAGUCACGGGCCUGGCUCUAAAGAACAGCCAGACUGGGUCAGACCAAAGGUCCAUCUAGCCCCGUGUCCUGUCUGCCGACAGUGA